AUGUUACAUAAAUACUCGAUAAUGUUAAUCUGAAGAAGAGGAGUGGAGAACUGCACGUGCACGCUGUGAUAACGAGUAGAUAAAUGUUCUAGCACCAUCAAGUAUUUGCCAUUCGAUUAAUACGAGUUAACUAUUCCACGAGAAACAAGAUGAGCCUUGAACCCAUCGGAGCAGAUUUACAGAAGAAGAUAGAUAAAAUGCCGCGUAUCAGACCGUCGAAUCAGCCACCCAAAGUUUGGAAAUUGGUCGAGAAGACGGAUAAGAAUGGGAAACCGAUGAAAUUUACGAUUCAGGAAAUUCCUGAGGACCGGUACGAAGACGCGGUACAACACAUGUGCACGUAUUUCUUAGCCGACGAACCGACCUGCCACUGUUUGAAUGCGAAAGAUGACCCCGUAUUUGUACGAGAUGCAAGCACUAUCUGGCGCUUAUUACUCGCGGAAGGCAUAUCCAUAGCCGCAUUCACCGACAAUCCUAACGGUGGGAAACCCAUAAUCGCCGGUAUGAACGCUCUGGGUAUUGGUAGUAAAAGUGAGAAGGAUAGCAUUUCCGGUUACGAGGUGAGUUCUAUUAAGUUUUGUAAAUUUGAUUACUCUGUUCGAGUUCAUUCUUUGCGUGCAAGCUUUAUUUUGAGUGUUAUUUAUAUAUAAGUGCAUAUAAUAUAA